CAGCCCGCUAGACUCACUCACUCACAGGUGGAGUGGGAUCAUUCAGAUGAUUCCUGAGUGAUUUAAAUAAUUUUCAAACAAUUUCGAACUAAAACCGCGUUUGGGAGUGUGUGGGUGUUAGAGUCGUGCCAUAGUUACAAAAUGACACCCUCCGUGCGGGCCACAAGUUGAUACUCCUCCCCCUAACUAAAUAAAUAGCCCCCACAAUGGCAACAAAACUAGUGAGACACUUAGAUUUAGCAAAAGUGAUCAACAGGGGGGCGCACCGCAUCACUUGGACGCCCCGAACUAAGCUAACGAAUUUCGCUCCAUGUAGAUAUGCACUGAAAACACAACAUAUCAAACUUAAUUUUAGUACAAGCUGUAGAUUGGGGGGCAGUGGCGGGCACGCUGAGACCACAAGCACCACUCAGGGCUUGUCUAAGUUACAAGCGCAGGAACUGGUCUUGAGACUGAACGGUGAGGAGAGAAAUAUCCUGAUUUCGGCGCUCCAGGAGUACCAAUCAAAACUAGUCAAAGACGAGUACGAAGGUCAACUAGCAGCUUCACGAUGGAGAAGUAAGUUUGGACGUCCGAGCAAAUUGCCAAGGCUGGGAGAUGUAGAUCCCACGGGAUCUUAUUGUCCUGUUCCCGAAGACUGGUUAAAGAAGAAGUUUGCCGAAUCCGUUCCUCGACCAACCAGCAGGAACCUGGUCGACAUCGCCAUAGCCAACUCGAUCCCGUUCAUCGGUUUCGGCUUCUUAGACAACUUCUUCAUGUUGCUAUUUGGUGAUUAUAUUGACCUGUACUUGGGGUCGUACUUCUGCAUGACUACGAUGGCGGCUGCCGCCCUUGGUAACACGCUUUCGGAUGUUUUGGGCAUCGGCACGGCCUUCUACGUCGAACGACUCGCAAAUAAGAUAGGUUUUCGGCCACCGAAAUUAUCGCCAAUUCAGAUGGAUAUGACUUGUUCGCGAAAUGCGGCGAAUUUCGGACGUGUUUUGGGGGUCACCCUGGGGUGCAUCCUCGGAAUGUGCCCUCUGGUGUUCCGCAAAGCGAAAGACGAGGACGAAAAAGAUGAUUAAUUGUAUAUACAUGUGUAAUUUCGUGCAAUAAAAACCGUUAGAUGUCCUCAAUGUUACUUUACUUGCAUUUAUUUUUUGUAUAUAAGAUGUGUAUAUAGAUGUAAUAAAAGACCAAAAAAAUUCGCUGUUAGAGACGCUUUUAUACUUGACUAAAAUUCGUCCAAAAGUCACACAAUCUUGUCUAUUUUUCAAUGCCCGUGACUUUAUAUACUUAAUAAUUUAUUAUACCCUCUUAUAGUCUCUAAUGAAGUGUUUAAUAAAUAGACUGUUAGAA